CGUUCUCUCAUCAUCCUCCUUCACUGUAAUUCGUUUCGAUUCUUCCUUUCAAAGAUGGGCAAUGCUCUAAGUGCCUUAAUCGCUCCCAAUGAAGCAGCUGACGAGAAUGAGAGGAAGAAGAAGGAACAACUGGAGCUAAUGAUGAAGCUCGCAGAUGCACGACUGGACACAUUUCAAGGGGAGCUGGAGAAAAUGUUCCUGGACCGUGAGUCGGCGAUGAAGACUAGUGUGCCAGGAAAGAGAGCAUUGAGAUUUGAGCGUCACGUCGCUGUUGAUGCUGAAAGCACUCCCGGAAAAGGCGUUGAGGAUGCCGUGGACUCCUUCUUCGGCGCUUCUGAGACGGGGGCCAAGGGCGUCCUCGACGGUUUCAAAUCCGUGGUCAAGACAGGCCUUUCUGCGAUUCUCGGCGACUCCUCAGCUGGCGAAAGCUAUGACAAGAAGUUCUUCGUUUGUAUGAAGCACAACGCUAUCAUUCGUGUCGACAUGUAUACAUACAAGUACACCUUCGGUAGCAAGGGAGUGGUCGAUGUGCACAAGAACAUCUUGGCCUAUAUCCUGUGCAUCUCCGUUGUCGAUCAUAGGGAUGUUACCCUUGACGAGCUCAUCUAUCUCGCUUCUGAGUUUGCCGGCGACGGUGAUGUUGGACCGGGAUCUGGAUUCCAGCAAUACCUGGAGAUGAUUAUGAAGACCUGGAAUGCUCUGAGAGCUAUUGAUCCUCUGCCUGUUAGCGGGAGGCCAGCUCUCGAGUACCCCGUGAACCUGCAGCUACCAGUCAGGACUACUCCUUCAGCCUAAAAUUGACCAUUUUAUCUCCCCUGUAUGGGUAGCUAGUCGCACAUGAAUGUUCAUUCAGAAUCUUUUAUCCAAGCUGUACUUUGUGG